AUGUUAGAAAAGAGAGAUAAUUUAUGUUCUCUUACAUAUACAUGUAUAAUAACAGUCUGUUAUUUGGGAGCUAUAGGAUUAUGUAGAACAGUGCUAUUCUCAAAUAUUCUAAAGAUAGAUGAUAAAGUAAUAAACUCAGUUUCAUUGGGAAUAUUUAGUCUCAUCUUUUUGAUUGGACCCUUUUCAUUACCAUUCUUUUAAAAGAUGAUACUAAAAUUCACUUACAAGUAUCUAAUAAUAUUUGAUUCAGAGCAGUAUUUUUUAUCACUAGUGUAGCCAAUAUCUUUAGUAUGACCUUAUACAUUGUAGUGAUAGAACAAUAACCAAAAGAUGUUUAUUUAAUUACAACAAUCUUAAUAUUUGAAGCAAUAUCAGCUCCUUUUAUGGCAAUCUUCUAUUGUUCAUUCAAUUAUUAUAUUCGUAGUAUGUCCAAUAAGAAUAAUGUUAGUAUUUAUUUUGGAGUAGCUUAUUCAUUAUUUUGUAUGUAAAACUUUGUAGGUGAUAUUUAUGUAAUAUUUGAAAGUAAGAUAUACUAAUAUAAUGAAUACUUCUAUUAUCCUAUGUUAGGUGUAUCUUUAAUAAUAACAUUCUUAUAUUGGUUUAUUAAAGAACCAGAUUCAUUGUCUAAAUCAGUUACAAAACAAAGUAUUGAUUUAUAAUAGAAAUUAAAUGAACAUUUGUAUGGUUCAUUAAUGGAUGAUGACAAUUAAAAGAAUAAUAUAAAUGAUAAUGAAUAUAUCAAUUAAUUUAAACUCAUUUGGAAGAUACCAAAAUUAUAUCCUUAAUUUAUAUAUCUGAUACCUACCAUAAUUUCUAUUGGAAUGUUCACUGCAUUUAGUGUAGUUUAUUCAUAGGAUAUGAUAGAACCUAACUAUACAAAUGUCUCUUAAUUAAAACCAGCCAUAGUUACUAAUCUAAGCAUUCAUGGAAUUGGUUAAUUCUUAGGAGGAAUCCUCAUUGGAUUACUUUCAUAUUCCUAUGGUUACUUGAAUUUAUUAAUAGGAUUAUAGAUUUUUGGAGCAAUCACCUAUAUAUUAUCUGUAAAUUGAUUGUAUUAAUUAAGGAUUGUUGGUGA